UCCCUCAAUUAAUCUAUGGCAUGUGAUCUUCAGGCGCCUUAAUUGCUUGUGCGCGUUAUAGUUGACUGUAGUACUUUCUAGCUUGUGCUUGCUGUAGCGCAUGCUUCAGUUAAUAGAGCACGUCGACGAUGGAAUGGAGAACUUGACGAGUUAUCGGUUACUGUGAUCGCGUAUAACUUAGCCGACUGGCAGCGUUAUGGCAACCGAGACCGGCGUUGGUUCCAAACACACGAGUGACACUUUACCUAAUGACAAUCCUUUGUUGCUAAUGUCGUACGUGCACAAGCUUGUUCGUGUUGAAACUACGGAGGGUGAUGUUCUCGCCGGUUACGUUAAGACAGUCGACCCAAUCUCCAAAAGCGUCGUUCUGGUCCUGUUUGAGGACGGCAAAGCAAAGGUGCUGCAUGUCAUCAUGGGACAUGCGGUCAAGUCGGUGACAGUCGUCACAGACGCGAGCCCUGCGGAAAAGGAGCAGAUCGAGACACUGUUCAUGCUGACGCAGAAAGAGCUCAGUGCGGAGGAGCUUCGCCAGAGAAUAGAGAAGGUUCGUUCGUGGAUGUGUGUCAACCGCAUUCCAAUCGCCGAGGCCACCAAGGAACCCGGUACAUUGGUCAUUGCCGGAUCGGUGCGGCUGCUGCCACCCUAUGGGCCGGACGACUUGCAGUGCACCAACUCUCUCGUGCUCGGCAAGAUACGCGGGAAUGAUCUCGCUGAUGCCUUCCGACGUCGAGUCGUGGAUGAGCCCUUACGAACCGAUAAAGUAGUGGGGUGUUCUGUGGUGAUGACGAUGAUGUGAGUGGCCAGUGCACCGGCUCUCUCGUGCUCGGCAAGAUACGCGGAAUCAUACACUUCCGCAAUGACUUGAGCUGGUCUGAUCACGUGAGUCAUGUAAAACUGAAAAUGGCUCGAUCCAUUGGUGUUAUAAGCCGUAUUAAUCAUCUUCUUCCACAUUCGGUGGCAAAGCAGCUAUACUUUUCUCUCGUUCAUUCGCACUUCACAUACUGCAACUUAGUUUGGGGCACAUGUAAUCGGACCAAUGCACAAAAAUUAAUUACCAUGCAACAAAAAGCAUUGCAGCUAAUAACUAAAAGGCCAGAUAGACAUAGACAUAGCAAUUUAUUUUCUGUUUCUAGUGUAUUGUGUUUCACUGAAUGCUACAAACUUAAAGUGAUGGUUCUUAUUUAUAAUCGUAUAAAACAAGAUUUUGCUUCAUUCAGCAAUAUGUACCUCACUCGUCACAUUGAAUAUAAAUUAUGAAGGACGUCACUUGUUUCAGCACGAUCUAGAACAAAUUGUGGUACCCAAGCACUUGACCAUCAAAUAGUAGAUAUAUGUAACAGUUUUCCUUCUGUAGUAGAAUUAUCACAGACAAGCAGAUCUGUGAUAAUCAUUUUAAAAAGAAAGUAAGAUUACUCUUCGAUACAGGAUGAAGUGCUUGAUGCAAUAUGUUUUGCCACUUGCGAUGUAUACUUCUGUUCACCAGGUCGUACUUCACUGCAUUUCAAUUGUUAAGCUACGCACAUUGUUAGCUCCACUUGAAUUCUGAAUUAUGACGGAUACUAUUGCACCUCUUCAUUCAUUAAAUCUAUUCACAAUUUUAUUCUGAUGGACAUAUCAACAUGAAAUGGUUUUUAUAGGUUUUCGUACUUCUAUAGCGAAAUUGCUUGAAAUUCCAUGACUUCUCUACAGUGAUGCUAAUGAAUUGUGCUGUACUGGAUCUGUCCUUGUUUUUUUUUAUUAUUAUUUUUUGUUCACGAAACUGUUUACACGAGUAUAUGUCUCACUUCCCUUUUUUUUUUUGUUUACAAGCCGGGCUAUAGGCCUAGUCAGGAAACAGUUUCGUCUGUUUCCUUUUGCCUCAUCUCGGUGGCAUGUAACUGUUGUGUACACAUGCCAAAAUAAAGUAUUAUUAUUGUUAUUA